UCCUUGGAAAGCUCGAUCAAAAGAAAAAAUAACUAAGCCUUAGCGGGAUGACCGAGUAACAAGCAAUAAUUAAAAAGAAAUAGAAUAGAAAAAAGGAAAGAAGGGGUCAUUACUUCAACUGCGUCGGCGGGCUGGCCGAUAACAGUGGAAGCACGAGGAACCUCGACCACUCGUCGUUUCUGCCCAUUGAGUUCGAGCUCCUCGGGAGUCGGGACUACGCACAUCUCUCCGUCCGCAACGUACGCAUACUCCACAUGCGAGGAGGCGGCAGCGGCUGUGCGUUGUAAGAGAAGCGAGAACCAGGAAACCCGAAGGACACCAGCGGAGAAGUGAAACGAGAGAACAACAACGGCUCGGCCGCGCGCGCGCGCGCGCUCAACUCGCUUUCGCUUCCUCAUCGCAGCGAGCCGUUCUUUGAAAGAAAAGGCCGCAUGGAGUCGACGUCGAACGAGCUGCUAGGAGGCUCUGGGUGGCCUACAGACCCGCGGCGAGGCACGAGCUCCGGAAAGGUCAGCACUGCUCGUUGGCGAGGCAUCAAGGCGCGCAACAUUGGCUUUUCGCACUGCCCGUCUUACAUCGUCCACACGUGUCCGCAGCCUACUCAUCUGUCACAAAGCGUGUUGACAAAUUACAGCACAAUCAAUAACCAUAAGGAGCAAAGGGUGAUGCAUCUACACCAAUACAAUGCUCUUUGUGUUCAUAAAGGAAAAGAAAGAAAGAAAGAAAGAAAGAAAGAAAGAAAGAAAGAAAGAAAGUCGUUUCUAUGAGAAAUCAAAACCCCUUCACAAAAACAAGGCAAGGUACCGAAAAGAGGAGCACAAUCUCCUUCUGAGAAGAAUACAGAGAAGUAAUCAUAAUAGGCAGCAUCUGGACUCAGUAUGUCAAGCUGCACUCAGUAAUCCCAGGAAGCCCUACCGCUCAGGACAACCACUUCCGUCAGCACGAGUAGGAUGCCGCAGCUGGAGCCACUUUAUCCUGGAAUACUUCUAGCAAACGAGCGGGUCCUUGCCCUACCGACAAAUGGAAGCGUAUCCAAUACGGUAUCACGUAGACCCAACGAGUACAGCGCCAAAUGCGACACGCGGUCCCGGCGUAAUUGAUCGCGCCGUGUCCGCCAAGGUCUCUUACACCAUGCAGCACGGCCGAGUGCAGUCAGCGUCGAUUUCCCACAGUCCCGGUGCCAAGGAGCAGCUGGGCCCGAUUUACAGCGGCGUCAAAACUUCCAUUUGAAAAGCGGUAUGGGGAAGCCAGCCUUGUCGAAUAAGCGUCGGCGAUGACGAAGGCGUUCGUCGAUAAGGGCACAGUUACCAGGACAGAGGCACCUGACAAAGAAUGCGUCAUCCAUCAGAGGCUGAAACAGCGAGUCGAUGCCCGCUACCGCGGUCGCUUCGUGGGCGGACGCCGGUCGUUGUACGGCGACGCCGCCCAGAAGACAACAGUGGCCGAGGCGAAUGGUCCAGCAACGGUGGGCCCUUUCUCGCCGGCAAACGUUAACCAUCGACGGCGCGCCCGCGCGAACGAACCCACGGGGGCUUUAACUGGAACGCGUGACGCACGCUGGAAAACGCAGAAAAAAAUAAAAUAAAAAGGAGCGCACGACGGCGGCCCUAGCGGCGCGACGCGCACGCUACCCAAAGACUCGGGCGGCGGCAGCCAAGCGCGAACCUCCUCUCAGUGGCGACGCGGGCAGAGAACCGGCCCAACCAGUUCGAACGUCAUUCCACAAAGGGCUGCGCAAGGGCCACGCAGGAGACACGCUUCCCGAACCCCCGACGGCGCUCGCGCGACGUCAUUGGCAGCGACGAGCCUUCUCCAUGUGCGAGGACGGAUCCAGCUAAUCCUGCUUGCGGCCUUCCAAAUCCUCCCCACCUCCCCCUGCUGCUUCGGCUGGUUGGCGAACACAGACGGAGGACCAUCCAGAACCGUGCAAGAGAGACGCGCGGCCACAACACUGCGGUCGCGACGACGAAUCAGCUGCCGACCACGGGGAUUACAGACGCGCCGAGGGUGACGACGACCAAUGCGUGCGCAGGAUUAUCGGUAUAGUGCUCGACGAGUAGGCUGAAGAGACGUCGGCCACGACUACAGCGCCUGAACGCAACGCGAGGAUGUGCUGCAGUGCGUCGCGCAGCGGUCACUGUUAUCCGACUGUCUGGCUAAAGCGUCGUCUUCUGGAGUACCAGUGAAGAAGCAGGACCGCUCACUUUACUGCGAGACACGGUGGCCCCAGCAUGCGUCAUGGCCGGCAUUGGAAGGGAUUUGUGUGCGCUUUGCUUCCGGCACUGGCGGCCUGGCUGCUGCUGCUUCUACUCCUGCCGGACAGUGCACGCGGCCGCCACUGCAACAAUGUGCCGCGUGUGCCAGGCUACAUGUGCGACUGCGACUCGCGCUUCGGCCACGAUGACCUCGGGGGCUGGCACCUGUCCUGCUACGAUGCGCAGGCCAAUGAACCACAGCAGGCGUUCGUCGUUGAGUACGCCAUCAAUGACAUCGUACGUGUACAGUGCGACACUGCGGCCCCAUACCAGGCGGCAUUCUUCCAGAACUUCAGCGUGAGUGAGGUGGAGCGCUUCUCCUUCAGCUACUGCCCCAUGCCAAACGGUUCGUUCGCCCAAGUGCUUGAGGGGCUGGAAGUGACAUCGUUGCAAUUGAUCAGCUGCCAGAUAGGUGACACACUGGAUGCCCGGCUUUUUGAAGGCCUUAACAAGCUCAAAAGGCUCACUGUAACUGGGAGCAAGGACCUGAGGUUCAUACCGGAGGAUGCGUUCACCAACCUCACCACACUUGUAAACCUCGAGCUCAACAACAACGCACUCCAAGAUCUCCCCGAGAAGGUCUUCUGGCCGCUCAAGAACAUGACCAGCAUCCAGCUGGGCAGCAAUGUCCUGCAGAGCCUGCACUCUAGUCAGUUUAGGGGUCUCGACAAGCUCAUCAGCAUUUACCUCUACAAGAACAACCUUACUGUGCUUCCCCAAGGAAUCUUCACCAACCUGACAUCAGUGAAGAAUCUCGACCUCCUGCUUAACAGCCUGACCAACAUCACUGACAAAGAUCUUGCUGACCUAACUGGCAUAGAGAAUCUCAAGCUGGGUGGGAACCCUUUCACAAUGCUGCCAGACACCCUGUUCAAACACAACAGGCUGUUGGGAGAUUUAAAUCUCAGUGUCCUCAACAAAUUGGGAUCCCCACCUGAGCGGCUCCUCACAGGAUUGAGCAGGUUGGAGAAUAUCACACUUCUGGACUGCAACUUUACAAGCAUUCCAGAGAAGUUUUUUGCAUAUGCAGGAAAUAUGAAGAACAUUCGAAUGGUGAACAACAGACUCACGUCAUUACCCGCAAACUUGUUCAGGGAGAAUACAAAACUUCUAAACUUGGACCUAAGCUAUAAUGACCUCACCGAGCUGCCAUUAACAGUGUUUGAAAAGCAGUUUGUCCUAGAGACACUUGUCUUUUACAGAAACAAUUUCGUCACACUAAAAGCAGGCCCUUUCGACAACUUGAUUAGCCUGAAAGUGCUUAGUUUUGAGUACAACUUUAUAGAAAGCAUUGAGCAGGAAACAUUCCAAAGGCUGCAAAAGCUGGAGGAUCUGAAGCUAGGAAGGAACAAGUUAAAGAUGCUUGAAGGAAAUGCUCCCUUUGGUCUAAACAAGAAGCUCAGACGAGUUGACCUUUCAAGAAACAAACUUAUUCAGUUCCCAGACAUCAACUGGGACAUUUAUUUGGCCUUGGAGAAGCUCAACCUUGACUACAACAACAUAACUUACCUGAGGGUGCCAAACCUCAUCUCUACAAGCACAGAAGUUUCUUUGCGUUUCAACAAAAUAAAGGCUGUGCAGGUCACAGAACUUGAAAUCCUAAAGAAGUAUGAAACCAGAGAAAAAACCUACAAUACUGACACAGCGUCAGAGCAUUACUAUCAUUUAGAUGGAAAUCCCUUCGAGUGCAAUUGUCAGCUCUAUGACUUCAUCAAGUACUUGUCUGAAAAUAACCAGAAGGACAUUGCACUGUUCAAGAACUCUCCAGCUUAUACUUGCGAAAGCCCAAAAGUACUAAAAGGAAAAAAUCUCUUGGAGGUUGACCUUGAACAACUCACAUGUACAAUUAAGGAGGGCUGCCCAGAUGAAUGUACAUGCUACUUUCGGCGGAUGGACUACACCACACACAUGGACUGCAGGCAGGGCAACCUUACCUCCCUUCCAUUGGUUUCACCACCGAACACAAAUAUUCUCUACUUACAAAACAACCAGAUUUCAACUAUUGAGGACCUUGACUCUCAUCAGUGGGAAAACUUGACUGAACUGCACCUCGACGACAACGACUUAAGGGUAUUUGAUGCAAAGAGACUUCCACGCCGACUACAUUAUCUCUCUCUGACCAACAACAGCUUGCGCUCCAUGACACCAGAACUUAUGGCUAUGUUCGCCAACAGCUCUGCAACUCUCAGCCUGUCACUCAGUGGCAACCCGUGGACCUGUGACUGCUCCACUUUUCCCUUCAAGGUUUGGCUACGUGGGCAUGUCUACAUGAUAAAGGACUACCUGGACAUUGCAUGUGGAGAAAAGAUAAGCAUCAACAAUACCUUGGCACUAUCCUACAUCAAUGAGAUACCAGACUCUGUAUACUGCCCAACAGACUACAGUGCACAAAGGAAGCAAUUGGCAGCUGUGUCGGUGAUCUGUGUGGUGCUUGCGGUGCUUCUUGUGGUGGUGUUGAUCCUCUAUUACAGAAACCGUCAGACCAUCAUCGCCUAUGUCUACAUCCACUUUUACAAUGUGUUUGUGUGUGUCUUCAGCGAAGAGGACCUGGAUGAGGACAAAACAUAUGAUGCGUUUGUAUCAUAUAGCAGUGCUGAUCGUGAUAUUGCAAUGGCACUACUCAACAGCCUGGAAACCAACGAAGAGAAGUUCAAGCUCUGCAUUCAUGAGCGUGACUGGCUGCCUGGUUACAACAUCAGCUGGAACAUUGUCAACUCCGUGCAAAACAGUCGCAGAACCAUCCUUGUGGUAUCCAAGGACUUUCUCGAAAGCCUCUGGUUUCAAGUGGAGUUCCAUACAGCCUACUACCAGAUGCUAGAAGAUCGGGUGGACAGGCUUAUCGUGAUUGUCCGUGGUGAACUGCCGCCAAAAGAAACGCUUGACAAAGAGCUCAAGUUCUUGCUCACCACGAAGACUUAUCUCAUCUGGGGUGAGCGCUGGUUCUGGGAAAAGCUGAAAUAUGCAAUGCCACAUCGAAAGCAGGUUCCACCAACUAAUAAACUGGCCAUGAGGAACCGGCCAAACACUGCAAUGGUCAAGACUGUUGAGGAGCAAAUUGCAAACCUCACAGCUGGCCAAAAGCAAGAAAAAGCAAGAGAAAAGCAGGAUGAGCCAGAAGAACCCCCAGUUAGGAUAGAAAACAACAACCAGGACCAGACUAGUGUAGUGGCACCUCCAAGAAAGACGCUGCGAGGUCUUGGAACCCUUGAGCCUAAAGUGCAGCCUGUGUGAAAAGAUGCUCAUUUUGACCGAUGCCAAAGUGAGAAAGGACAAAACGUAGAAACAUAAGAUCAGGGACUUAUGCUUACCUUUUAGAGUGUGAACUCACUCAACAGAAAAGUGAACUGUGUAUGUGAACUGCAAGAUGAGGUGGUACGAUUUGUUUGCUGUGGCCUAGACAACCUCACUCGCUAUUUGUGCAUCAACUGAGUGUUUGUGUGUGUGUGUGUGCAUGUGCCGAGUACCAUGAAGUGUGAAUGCAAUUCACAAUGGUACUGUUACAGUGCUUGGUGUUCAUCAUGGGAAAGAGCACACAGACAGUGCCCCAUGUUUAUAAAGGACAGUAUUACCAGCACGUCACGAACAGGAAGUGCAAUGGUACCUGCAUGCGAAUGUAAAGCAGUGUACAAAGUCAACUCACUAACCACCAGGUGGUUGUAAACAUGUGCUGAAUACUCAGACUUUCCAUGUCCAAAGUCACUGUAUGUGUAAAAACAAUAACACUGACAUAAAACCCUGCUGAGUGAGCUUCUUUAUGCCAUGAA